AUGCGAACCAUCCUGUCCGACAAGGCUUUGCCAUCGGGACCACUUGGUGGCGGCAGCCUGCCUGCUCUUCGUCGCGGGAAUCGUCGCGUUGCUCCAGGGCAUCGCGGCUUCGCAGACAACGACCUGCUGAUCGUCGGAGUCAACUUACACCUUCGAAUUCGAUGUCACGACAUGGGGUUGGAUCCACAUCGUGCUCGGAAUCAUCGGCAUCGCGGUGUCGCUGGGAUUGUUCGUCGGCAUGACGUGGGCCCGCGGCAUGGCUCG